AUGAAGAAUACGCAAUCAUCGCGCGAUCAUUUAGCCCAAGCCGCAGCCGAAAUAAAGAUGUCCGUCCCAACCGAUGAUAUUACCAUUAUCGAGGUGGCGAUCAGGUUUCUGAACCUGAGACAGACCGGCACUAUAGAAGACUACACCUCAAAGUUUCGCCAGAUAUCAAGCAAAAUCACGCAAGAGAUAUACGUAGCAGCCCUUUUCUUCAACGGUCUAAAUCGAGAUAUUCAAGAUCGGAUGUACAGUAUCAGCUCGGGGAGUUUCCCAGAACGCACGAAACCAUGCGCGACGCAGCAAUUCUUAUCGGUGACUAGCUCCAUAAACAAAGGAGAUUGGAGGGACUAUGCUUCAUCUGUGGAAAUUGAGGCCACGUAG